AUGAGUGGAUUCACACAUUAUAAGAUAGGAACUACUGAAUAGAUUGGAGAUGGAAUGCAAUCAUAGAGAAACCUAUAAUAAUAAUAUAGCAACACAUAAAUAAGAAAUGAAGAGUAUCGAAUUAAAGUUAGUCCUCCCGUUACUGAAUAAAUAACUAUCACUGAUUAAGGAUCUUUUCAGAAAAUAAUGGAAGCAAAGGAAAGAGAAAUAACAAAUCUCAAGGAAAGUGUAAAAUCGUUAAACAAUCAAAUAUAAGAUCAAUUUAAGGAGUUGGAAUUGUGGAAGAACAAAUGCAGAUAACUGUAAUCCGAUAAGGGUUUGAGUCGAAUAACAACAACUGGCUAACCAACAAAUGAUUUGGAAUUGUUGUAAUUGAGAGAUGAAGUCAAUAAAUUAAGGCAGGAGAAUAAUAAAUAUAAAUUGAAAACAGACAGAAAUGUAAGUGUGAUUUCAAAUGAUUUCGAAGUGAAUUAAUUGAAAUAAUAGAUCAAAUCUUUAGAGGAAUAACUAAGAUCUAAAUAAUCUUUUCCUUCAUUCACUUCCUUAAGUAAUAACCCUUAAGAAAUCAAUCAAUUGAAGGAUUAGAUUAAAGCACUUACUCAAGAGAAUGAAGACCUCAUAAAAGCUAAGAAUUUACUCAAUUAGUAAUUUCAGUAAUCUUAAAUCUAAUGGUAGUAGAGUGCUUUGAGAAGUGCGUAAAAUCAAGAUUCGGAGUAAUCUAAAGCAAUUUAAAACGAGAGAGAUGAUUUAAGGAGGAAAGUUAAAGUUUAAGAAGAUCUAAUAGCAGAGUUACAACAAGAAGUUUAAAGAUUAAAUUUUAAUUGCGAUUCUUACAUUUAAGAAAUUUAAUAAUCUUAAUUGAGAUUGAGUUCAAAAGCCUAAAAUGCUGAGAUUGAAGGAUAUUUGAAAAGGAUCUCAGCUUUAUAGCAUGAAGUCUUGGUUUGGUAAGAUCGUUAUAAAGCAAAGGAGGUUUAAGAGCAUUCAUAUGCUUAGGAGUAAAAGGUUUAUUAGAAGGACAACCAGAUUCUAUUUUUAUAAGAGAGAAUUAAAUAGUAUGAGACUUAAAUGGAUUAGUUAAGAUUAGAGAUUGAUAAAUAGAGAAAAGAGUUCGAUGGAUAUAAAACAAAUUAUGAAAGUAGAAGAACUGAUUCAGGAGAGGUAGAGGGUUUGAAAAGGAAGAUUGCAGAAAUGGAAUCAGAUAUUUAGAUUUUGAUUGCUGAUCUCCAAGAAAGAGAAUAAAGGAUAAGCAUAACAUAAACUGAAUAUGAGGAGGAAAUUAGAAUGUUAAAGAAUUAGAGUUAAGGAUAAUACUUAAAUGAAAUCAAUAAAUUAAAAGAAGAGAGAGAAUAAUACAGAAUGGAUUAUGAGAGAUUGUCAAAUGAGUAUACGAAUAUUUAGAGAGUAAGUGAACAAAAAAAGAGUAAUUCUUAUGAAGUGGAUUCCUUAAAGUAAAGAAUCAUGGAAUUGGAAUAACAACUUAGAAAUUCUACAAAUCAGUAUUAGUCUCUUUAAGGUUAAUAUUCCUAAAUGUAAAUUCAAUUUUAAAGUUCGCAAUAAUAAUAGCAAUCCUAAAUUUAAUUAGUUAGUAUACGAGACGAGUAUUAAAAAUUAUAAUCUUAAUAUAAUAUGCUCUAAUAAGAAAAUAUGCAUUUAAAACAAUAGAAAUAAUAAAUUGACAGCAACUCCUACACAUAAAAGAAUACUCAAAGUGAUUAUUAGGUUCUUUAAGAAAGAUAUAAUCAGUCAUUGAAAGAAAUUUCACAAUUAAAUGAAUAACUAAAGAAGUAUAGAAAUGAGUACGAUUCACUGAAUCAAAACUACAUUCAAUUUCAGAGAGAGAGUGAAAUUAAGUUUUCUUAAACAAAUACUAAAGAUCUGGAUAUUAUGAAAUCUCGAAUUCAGCAGUAUGAACAAUAAAUUCAGCAAUUAAGAAAUUAAUUGUCAAGCCAAGAAAGCUUAUUGUAAUAAUAAUUUAAAGAGAGAUAAAGGCUUGAAAUAUAAUAACUAGAGCAAAAAGUGAAUAGCAAUUUUACGAUGGAAAUUUAGACUUUAUAAAAUAAAUAUAAUCAAUUAAAAACUUAAUAUGAUUAGUUGUAAACUAAAUAUAAAGAAUAAAAUAGUGAACUCAUAGUAGUCAAGGAGAAGACAAGCCAAUUUGAUACCUAAAAUCUUAGGGAUCAACUAUAGCAAUAUAAAUAAGCCAAUACAUAAUUGAAUCAAGAUAUUUAAACCUUGAGAGAAUAGGUUCAAAAAUAUAGAUCAGAAAUUGGAUAAGCAAAUUAAAAUCAUAUAGUGAUCUAGAGAGAAACUCAAUUGAAUAAAUAAAACCAAGGAGAAAUCGAAAAGUUAAUGGCUAGGAUAAGAGAAUUGGAUUUUGAGUCUCAGUAGAAAACCUCAUAAAUAAAUUAAUUACAAAUGGAUUUGAGAAAUCAAGAAAUUAGAGUUAGAAAUGAAUUGGAAUAGUAGUUUACUUCUAGAUUGACGAUAGAGAGAUAAAAUUUGGAGAGCAAAAUGUAAACGUAGAGUUCAGGCGAAACUCAAAAUCUUUAAUACUAAUUGAAAUCAUUACAGCAGGAAUUGAGUCAAUAUAAAUAAAGAUAUUAAUAAUUAGAACAAUAAUUUAAUUAAUCAAAGAUUGAAAUUACCUAAUUUAGAUCUUAAUAGUCGAAUGUGAAUUUGGAUUAAGUGAAAUAAUUGUAGUAGAGAAUAGCCAAAUUAGAAAGUGAGAAUCAAACUCUGAACAUUGAGAUUGAAAGAUAGAGAAACAUUAGAAAGGACUAGGAAAAUAAAAUUUAAUUAUUGAUCACCAAUAUCACUGAUUAUGAAUCCAGAAUACACAUAUUAGAAUAAGAAAAUGCUAGGUUAGAUACUAGAAAUAAAAAAUAAAUUGUAAUUGACAAGCCUAGCGAUUAGUACUUAGUUAAUUAACUAUUGGGCUAGAACAGCUCAUAGUUGAAAACUAAUGUAAUUACUACGACAACAAAUGUGUAAAAUGUUUAAGGCAGUGCUCUAGUAACUAGAUAGUCUGGAUUUAAUUAGAUGAGUUAAGUUCGCUCUACCUACAAUUAACAAUAUGAUUAGUAUAGAUUGCAAUCAUAGAAUGAAAUUAAGCAAGCUCAAUUUUCUUAGAGAAUGCAAAGUCCACAACCUCAAGUUUCUAAUUAUCUCAGUCCAGACAAAAAGUAAAUAUCUUUAAUCAUCUUUGUUAGUUUCUAAACUCAGAAGGUAUCUACGACAAAAAGUGUUAAAUAGGCUAUAAUGUCAUCUGCGAUUAAUGAAUGA